AUGGCAGAGAAGAACCAGAGCCAAUACCAACCACCUGAAUCCAUCGGCUACCACCGGAGUGAUCAAGAAUCGCUUCAUACCAUGGAGGACGAGGAGGCGAAGCGUAAGAAGAGAAUGAAGUGGACGAUUGGAAUCGUCGCCUUCAUCAUCUUCCAGGUCGUCCAAGCUCUCUUCUUUGUCCUGGUCAUCAUGAAGUUCAAGUCCCCCAAGUUCGGGGUCGCCGAGUUUGACGUCCAGAGCCUGACCGUCGGGACUCAGGCCUCGCCCUCAUUCAAUACGAGCUUUGUCACUCCGAUCAGAAUCAAGAACACCAAUUGGGGUCCCUUCAAGUACGAUGCUUCUACUGUGAACUUCACCUAUGGGGGUGUCCAAGUGGGACAAGCGAUCAUUCCGAAGAGCAAGGCCAACUUCAAGAGCACCAAAAAGAUCAAUGUGAACGUGACUCUGAGCUCUGCUAACUUGCCCAAUGAUUCGAAUCUCGGGAGCGAUUUGAGCUCCGGGGUCAUAACCUUGAACAGUCAAGGCGAGCUCAAAGGGAAGGUGACAGUGAUGUUUAUGUUCAAGAAGAGGAAGACCUCCCAGAUGAAUUGCACCAUGGCCAUCAACACAGCCACCAAGGCAGUCCAGUCCUUGUCGUGCAAAUGA